AUGUCGUCCAACCCCAAUAUUAGCGGCUCCGCUGAACUAGGCAAGAGCUCCCGCCGACACGCGCUCAUUUCUGGUACCGCUCAAUCCACAAAGGAGGAGCUCGAUAAUGGCCUUAAAUACCCCAUCGAAGAGGUUCUCGGACCCUAUCGCUCAGUUUCGCGAAACGUCACACCCUCCUCAGAGGGUAUUCCUCACUUCUGGCUCACCGCACUCCAAAAUCAUAUUACCCUCGCCGAGCUGAUCACAGAUCGCGAUGUGGAAGCCCUCAAGCACCUUGUCGAUGACUCGAUGUUCAGCUCGCAUAUCUCGACGACAAGGAACUCUUCAUCUUCAGCGCCAACGUUGAUGACUCACCAGUCCGAUCAAACGUCAUUCUUCAUCGAUCACCCUUUCAACGCCAUCCUGAACGAUGCGAUCACGAAAAUGAUAAGUGAAAGCAUUUACAAGUACCGCCCCCCUUCCUCCCAUCUCCCUGCAAUGUCCUCCGAGUCUCACCCCGUCCUUCCAAAACGGAUUCUCGUAAUCGGAGGUGGACCAACAGGCCUCGUCGCUCUCCGGAAUCUCACAGAGCGCGGCCAGUUCGAGCGUGUAGAGCUCGUAGAAAGGCGUGAUGAUGUAGGAGGCGUUUGGCACUUUGACGAACCGCCACGACGAUGGCCCUCACCUGCGUAUAAAGGCCUAAUUGGAAACGUCCUCCCCGAAUUUCUGUCCUUCUCAGAGUACCCGUUUCCCCCCUCGGCUGACCAUGGCCAACCAUUCCCCACGCUCACUGAAACGCACGAGUACCUACGUUCCUUCGCGCGCCCUUACGUAUCUUCGGGGGCGAUCAGGCUGAACACCGAGGUGAUUCGGCUUGAGGAGGUGCCAAGAGGUGGGGGAUGGAAGGUAGUAAUCAGGGAUUGGAAUGAUGGGGCGGAGGGCCAGGAGGUUGAGGAAAACUGGGAUGCGGUCGUAGUUGCGAUUGGGUGGUAUGAUAAUCCUGUCUGGCCGGAGACGGACGGGUUGGAAGAGGUGAGGAAGAGGGGUCUUGCGAGGCAUGCGAAGCGGUGGCGUGGACCCGAGGGAUCUGAGGGCAAGAGACUCCUUGUCGUUGGCAACGCAAACUCUUCCAACGAAAUUGCAGCACAUUCAGCACCCCUAGCCAAAUCUCCCGUGUACCAAAGUAUCCGUAGGCCCGCUUUCCCAGGAUAUCCCAGCCUCCCAGACGAACGAAUUGUCAUGGUGGCCCCCGUAGCUAAAUACAUCGUCAAAUCCACACCAGAAGGCGACAAGAUCGACGUAAAGCUCACCGACGGGACGGACAUCCUCGACGUCGACAUGGUGCACGUAGGCACGGGGUACAAACCAUGGCCAGAAUUUAUCCACGUUCUCAAGCCUGGGGACGACUCGGAAACGCAGCACACCCCACUCAUCUCAGACUUCAUCAUACCCCACCGCAUCCCCUCUCUCCACCGCUUCAUCCUCUACGCGUAUAACCCCUCACUGGCCUUCAUAGGCGCUCCGAUGGUCUUCACCCCCUUCACCAUCGCAGACGUCGCAAGCACCUGGCUGGCCCUUGCCUGGCUUGGUGAAACCCCAUACCCAGAUACCAUAGAAGGACGAUUAGAGUUUGAGAAAGCGCGGCUAGCGGCUGUUGAGAAGCGACGUGCGGGGAUGGAUAAUCCGUCGUCGUUGAUGGUGUAUAGUGUAUUGGGAAGAGAUGAGCAGGAGUAUGCGAGGGCGUUGAAGGCGGAUGUUGUGAAUGCUAGACCCGAGUUGGCGGAGGUGUUGCCGGAGUGGAAUGAUGAGAGGACGAAGCUGAGAGAGGCGAUGCAUAAGGCGAAGUAUGAUGCGCUGGAAUAUGUCAGGGCGCGGAAGGUGGUAGAAUAGGCGAGUCAGAUUUAGAAAUAAAGAAGGAUGGAUACGCUU